CCUCGUGUCGGGGCCGGGCGCGCGGUGCCCGCGGUGCCCGCGCGGUGCCGGGGAACCCCAGGCGGGCGGGUCGGCCUCGGGGUGGACGACGAGGCGACCCCAGGGGCCCCGAGCCUCGGCGGGCUGGUCCCUGAGCGCCCGAGCUGGAAGCUGGGGUCUGGUGAACUGGGUGGGGCCCCUACGGGGUGCGGGGAGCCCGCGGCUGCUUGGCACAGGGGUGGGGCUGGAGACGCCGUGAGUGUGCAGCGCGUGUGAGUGUGCGGGGGCGUGCGCCCCCGUGUGCGCGCGGCGUGCGCUCGCCGGGGAGGUGAGGGGACUCGGCGAUCCGGAGCGCCUCUCCCGCGGUGCGGCGGUGCGGAAGUCCAGGCGCGUUGGCGCGCACGCUGGUUCCUCCGCCGGCGUGCCCGCACCGCGGGGCAGACGGCCUCGGGGCCCCAUUGAGAAGUAGCUCUUUCCCCGGCCUGCUGCGCCUCUGGCGGCGCGCCACGGCCGCGCGCCUGGUGCGACUGCCCCGGCCAGAUAGCGCCCACGGGCGAGCCCUGAAGGUCUUAUCUCGCCGGCCCUCCUCGCCCCCACUGCAUUCCUGGGAGUGAGGUCGCCCGAGAGCCCGCAGCCCGCGCCCGCUGCGCGUCUGCGGUAUCUGGAGUAGAGCAGAAAAAAUAGUAUGCCUGUGUUCCCUUGGGACUCAUUGGACAUUGUACAGUGACAUCUUCUGGGAUUUAGUCUGGGGUGCGCAGACUGGUGCCUAAGAUGGAAGUAGAUGUUAAUGGAGAGUCCAGAAGUACCCUGGCCACCCUGCCCUUGCCUGUGGCGGAGGCAAGCUCCCCAGGAAAGGCAGAAGCAGAGAAGCCGCGCUGUUCCAGCACGCCGUGCUCGCCGAUGCGCCGGACUGUGUCGGGCUACCAGAUCCUGCACAUGGACUCUAACUAUCUGGUGGGCUUCACAACUGGUGAGGAACUCCUGAAGUUAGCCCAGAAGUGCACAGGAGGUGAAGAGAGUAAGGGAGAAGCUGUGCCUUCCAUGCGCUCCAAGCAGCUGGAUGCAGGACUUGCACGUUCCUCUCGUUUGUAUAAAACCAGAAGUAGGUACUACCAGCCAUACGAGAUUCCGGCGGUCAAUGGCAGGAGGCGAAGGCGGAUGCCCAGCUCGGGAGACAAGUGCACUAAAUCUUUACCUUAUGAACCUUACAAGGCCCUCCAUGGGCCCCUGCCUCUUUGUCUUCUUAAAGGUAAGAGGGCUCACUCCAAAUCUCUGGACUACCUCAAUCUAGAUAAAAUGAACAUCAAGGAGCCAGCGGACACCGAAGUGCUCCAGUACCAGCUUCAACACCUAACCCUCAGAGGGGACCGUGUGUUUGCUAGGAAUAACACAUGAAUGACUUAUAGAGAGUGCAGACCAGUCUAGGCCAGCCUGCGCUUGGCGGGAAAAGACCAGUCUAGGCCAGCCUGCGCUUGGCGGGAAACCCACUGUUGUACUCUGUACAGGACUCUUCAUGUUACAGAUGGUUAUAUCAGCUCAGCGUUCCUGGAACAGAAAAAUUGUUUGGAUCAGAUUUCAAAUGCAGGGAUGAAAUCACAGGUACUUUGGGGGAAAUCAUUCUAGAGCACGCAACUGCAAAGAACACAGAAUGUUGGCCGUUAGUCUGUAUAGCUUUUUAGCUAGGAAAAAAGGCUUCGGGUACAGUAAUACCAUCUUUAUGAUUCUGACACUCAAAUUGGGAAUGUUAUAUGCUUGGUUGUUGCUGACUUGGUAUGAUUCAUUAGAAAUUGAUAUCCUUAAGUACUCAAGUACUUCUUUAAUCUCUGUAUUUUACUAUAAAAUGUAUGUAAUGAUUUGUUUUACGAAAUUUAGAACUUGAACAUUGCUGAAUUGGACCACUUUUUAUUUUUAAAUAUUGAGUUUAAAGAUUUUAUAACUGGUUUUGCACUGAAAAAAUUAACAUUUCAGAUUGACAAGAGAAUAAUCUUUCUUCACUUGCCUCAAUAAUACUAUUGAGCAAUGAAUUUUUUUAUUUCCGCAUGGAAAGUUAUUGAUCUCUAUGGCUGUAAAAUAUUUCUUUAUAGCAUUAUUAAAGUGUGUCUUAAUACAAUUAAAUUUGGGAUACAAAGUAUUUAUUUUACAAUGGGUGGGGGGAAGCUUUUCCAGAAAGUUUCCAAUAUGAAGUUUUCAUAAGUUAAAAAAGUUUCCUUAGUGCUUACUUUCUAAGUUAAAAUUCAUCUGGAACUUUAAAAUGGAAAGGAUUCUUUUAAUUGUGGAUGAUAGGCAUAAUACUGUUUGCAUCUGAAUGUUCUGUAAGUGAAUGAAACUUUAAUAGAAGGACUCAUGAUUUCUACUAUCGAAUGCUUAAACUAAGUAUGAAGUGAUACCAUUCAGCAUGGCAUCGGGUCAUUCCAGUUUUAGUUCUGUGCAGCUCAAAGCGCUCAUUGAAAUUUCAGUUUCUAGGAUUAGUGUGGGAGCCUAAAGGGCUUCUACAGUUUUAAUGGGUUAAUCCUGGAUUACUUAACAAUUUAUGUCAAUUGCACUGGUUUAAUUUGUUGCUAAAGAAAUAAUGCCCUGGCUUUAGUAACAAAUACAGCUCAACUAUUCUUGAAUAUAUUUUGAGGAAAAUGUAUGUAACUUAACCUUUUGUAAAAGUUUCUAUUUUUUUUUUUCUUUUUUGACUCUUGAAGGUGCAAUUUAUUACCAAAUUGGCAUUUCUGGCAGCAUAGAACUGCUUAUUUGAAAUUUUAUUUUGGAGACUGUUUCUUAGGUGUUAGCCAUCUUGCUUAUAAAAUAAGAACACCUUUUAUUAAUGAGUGGGUCAUUCCUGGUGCAGAUAAUGACUUUUAUUUAGCCAGAAUGAAUGGCUAACUCUAUGUAGAGCAGAGUAAGUAUUAGAAAACCCUAGGAACUCUUUAAAUCAACAUUUAUUAUACUUUCACUGAGGCAAAUCAUGUGAAAGAGCCUUGGGGAAGUUGACCCAUAUCUUAAGACUGUGUUGGUCAGAUUUCUUGGUGGGCUGGAAAUUUUCAGCUGUUGUAUAUUUUAAAGUAAAUUGCACCUUUGUAACAUAUUGUAUUGACGAAUGAUCACUAAGAUUAACUAUAUCUAUACAGUCAUUAGUUUGACAAGAAAUAGAAUCCUGUCAGAUGCCAAAGAGUUGGGAUUUUUACGUUUAAUGAUUAAACACCGUUAUUUAUUGAUGAUUUACCCUGUGGAACUGUAUUAUUUCUAACUAUGAAAUAAAAGGGUGAUGUAAACACA